GCUUUGCGUGAUGACGUCAUGUUAUAUUUUGACGCUGUGCUAUAUAACUCAGUGGCAUAACAGAGGAGACAGAAAAAGGAUUGUUGUCCCACUAAACACAGGCUCCUCUUCAUCAUGGCUUUGAGAAACGCUCUGUGCCGUCUCCUGGUCUCUCCUCACAGAUGUGCCGUCCUCUCAGCUUCCAGAUCACAGGGAACUGCAGCACAGGCCAACUGGGAAGCAGAGAAGACUGAGAAGAAGCCUAAAGCACCGAAGGUCCAGUUUGACUGGCGCGAUGCUCUGAACCUGGAGGGCCAGCUGACGGAGGAUGAGAUCAUGAUCAGAGACUCCUUCAGGACCUACUGCCAGGAGAAACUCAUGCCUCGCAUCCUGAUGGCCAACAGAAACGAAGUGUUCCACAGAGAUAUCGUGUCAGAGAUGGGAGAGAUGGGCGUGCUGGGCCCAACCAUACAAGGUUUUGGAUGUGCCGGUGUGAGUUAUGUUGCGUACGGUUUGAUCGCCAGAGAGGUGGAGCGAGUGGACAGCGGAUAUCGCUCCGUCAUGAGCGUGCAGUCGUCCCUCGUCAUGCAUCCCAUCAACGCCUACGGCACAGAGGAGCAGAAGCAGAAGUACCUCCCCAGGCUGGCUCGGGGGGAGAUCCUGGGAUGUUUUGGUCUGACGGAGCCGAACCACGGUAGUGACCCGAGCGGCAUGGAGACCAGAGCCAAGUACAACCCGUCCAGCGGCACCUACAGUGUGACCGGCUCCAAGACCUGGUGA